GUUUACUUUGGUCGUGUUCACUUUAGGAUUUGACUCAUCGGUUUGAUGGGGGGUACUGAGUCACAGCAUGAUAGUGCCCUCCUACGAAAAUAUUGCUUGUGUGUGUUCUUCAACUAUGACAGACAGAGGGCAGAGAGGAGUGCGGCCGUCCAUUUAAAAGACAAAAGUCGGAUAGAGGAAACCUAACACAAUUAAUAACAUUUCUCUAUGAGCAACAUUGAAGAACUGCUGGAUUGGUAGCCUAUAUUGUUGCUAUGAACUCGUUUUAUUUCGUAUCAGGGCUGCAAGCCACGUUUCUUAGAAUGAUUGACAACGGAAUUUUCUACGAUCUAUUUGAUUAUUCUGGAAUGAACGGUUGGUGAUGAACCGGGCAAAUGGGAAUGAAGACAAUUAAUUUAUGAUGAACAAUACUUUUUAAUGGAAAUUGGAGUGAUUCUUACCUAAUAAAAAAAAUUAUUACGUGUCGUCUCAGUAAAGACUAACAAUGUUAUUAUUCAAAUUGAUUAUCUCUACUGCUUUUCUUUUCAAUGGUGAGUUUUUAGCAUUAAGGUGGAAGUAUUUACAAGUUAAUAUGUAGCCUAAAUAUUUUUAUUAUAUUCUAUAUUGGGCGAUAUAGCCUAUAAUGUUAAUUUAUAUUAUUUGAAAAUGCGAUUAUAAACGACAAGUAAGUGGAUGAUUGUUAUAUUUUCUAGAAUUUAGUAAUAGAUGUUUAGCAAAGCAUGCAGUGUUAUGUUAUUUUGUGUGAUAUAUUUUUCAUAAAUGUAUAAUAGACUUCUAAAAAAUGCAUAAUUGCAAGUUUUCUAACUCUUAAAAAAGUGUUUUAAUGACAUGCCUGUUUCUCCACUGUCCCUACAGAUGGUUGUGAUGGCUCUCUGCUUCACUCAGACAUAAGAGCCAGUGUCAGGUCCUUGGGGAGGAAACAUGGCCAGCAGCAUGAUGGGCAUGCUGCUAUUGUUGCAUCCCAGUGUCACUACAUGCUCAAGCACCUCAAUGGUGGAGGACAGAUCUCAGUGCAUAUGCCCCCCAACAUCGCAGGCCACUGGGUAUCCACCAGGUAAUCUACUGUGUAAUAUGCGCCAUUAAACGGUUUGUUAUUAACCUUUAUUGAAUAUGUACAUAAUUGUAAGAAUGUAUAGUCAAUAUAUUGUAGCGAAGUCAGGGGGUGGACCUGACUGGCGCUUGAACCCGGGACCAUGCAGCUGUAGACACUUUAGCUGUUAUGUGAGACCUUAACUUAUUGAGGAGGUUGCUAGGUGUUGGGUUAAGGUCACUGCAAUAUAUAAUAGUACUAUUCUGUAUGUAAACCUACUUGGCACAACACCAGGUUCAGCUUUAGACCUCUUAGGGUAAAAGCUUAGGUCUUGAACCGACUGGUAAAAUUAAGGUUGGGGGUUUGACUCUUACCCACCUGACUCACUGCAUAAUACUGGGAUAGCGAAUCAUUAAUGUUUUGCUCUUUCCCCCGUCAGCUGUGAGGUCAGGCCUGGGCCAGAGUUCAUCACCAGGUCCUAUCUCUUCCACCACAACCACACUUUCCAGGUCCUCCAGUUCCACUACAGGGACAACCGCUGCUCCUCUCCCACCUACACCCUCCUCGCCCGGGGCCAGCUGCACCUGCGCCAGGCCUCCUGGGUGGUCCGCGGAGGCACUGAGGCCGACUACCAGCUCCACAGCGUCCAGGUUGUGUUCCACAGCCCUGAGGCAGCCAGGGACCUCAGCCAGUGGCUCAACCCCAGCUGCGGAGCUCCGUCCCUGGGUGGAGGGGAGUCGUGGGAGCCCCACAUCAGCUAUGACCUGUGGAGCGAGGAGGAGGAUGAGGAGCAGGGGAGGGACUGUGCCCGCAGGCUGGGUUUCACUAUGAAUGAGCUGCAGCUGGUGCGUGUGGAGCGGCGCCGCCAUCAUGGCGUCCGGGUCCCUGAUGACCACACUGAGGAGCUUUUCCUGGGGGACGUCCACACUGAGCGUGCCCAGAGGACCCACCACAAACCCUCCAGCUACCAGCCACCCCUGCAGAACACCAAGGUCAGAGUCAUAGAGAUAUAUCAUAUCUAUUAUUCUCUAUCUAUUCUACAGUAUUUCUAUGGUCAUCAUCACUUACACAGAGAGAAUCCCUUUAGAUUUUUUGGCAGAUACUGUAGUUUCAUUUUCAAGUAUCCGUGAAUCUGUUUGUCAAAUCCCUACUAACUGAAAAGUAUUGUGGAUGUUGAAGAUGACAAACUGUUGCAGCAAUGAUGCCACACAUGUACAGUAAUUGAUACAUCAUAUUCCAGUGCUGUGUACUUGUAUUUUCUUUCAACAAUCACAGUAUUGUCUGUAGCAUUUUGUACACGACAACAGACACUUUCUGUGUUUGAUUGUGGGCGAAAUGGGAGAGAAUAUGAAUUGUGCAAAGCCAGCGGCAGAGCAGACCCAUGGAUGAUAGUGAUCAUCUGUUGGUUGGUUUUCCACAGCCGCUCUUCAAAGAGAAUAGCAAAUAGUGGCGCAGUAUGCUCUGCUCUGAAUUUCUGAAUUCCUGCCCUUACUCUGUGGUAGUGUGUGUGCCUGAGGCUGUAUGGAGGGCAGAUGGAUAAAACUGGAGCCUGACCAGAGAGAUGGAACUAGGCCUUCAGUUCAGAAGCUCCCUCCUUUCCUCCCUCUCACAAAAGGAUCCAUCCCUUUCAUGUCUCCCCGCAGCAUUUACCCAUAUAUCUACCAGCAUGUCUUUUUUUUUUUUUUACCAACACAAACAACUCCCAGCCUAUAAAGUGUCAGGGCAAUGUAAAUGAGCUCUAGUUAAAAGUUAAAAGCUGAGGCGAUUUAUGUUGAAAGUGACUCAUUCAUUCUAUGGUGGUGGAGGUGGUGGAGCUACAGCCAGCCUUGAAUGAAUACAGUACGCUCAGCUAUAACGUUAAUCUGAUGCUCAACCACUAAGAGUACACCCUGAAAUGGGCUCCCCACAUAACAGGAGCUUGAUGCGCUUUUUAUCAGAUUGUAUACACAACCCAAUGAGUGUAAACAGGGAUCCAAAACCAUAAAGGCAGUCAUUGUGUAUGAUGGUCAUCUUUGAUGUUCUAGUUGAGUCGAAUGAGCACUGUCUAAACCAGACUGUUGAAAGGUUUGGAAUAAUCAAAAACAGAGGCUUUGGAUGUGAAAAUAUCUUAUUUUAUUUGUCUAUUCAACUGUAUCUCCAUAUUGCCAGCCAUUGUCAUUUUGAAACGCACACACCUGUGGCUGAUGCUGUUUAAUGAUGAAGGACUUUAGAGCAAGGCACAGACGGCACCCACUGCUUUUCAGAAGUCCAACGAGCCCCAUCCAGAGAAGAGAGAGAGGAGUAGUAGCCCCAUCACAAAGUGCAGUUUCCAGGCCAGGGGGAAGCUUUUGUUUCUUUGCCAUGGUGAUUGUUUUCAUCGCUGCCAUCAAUCUACGAUGUGUAGUGGGGCCAAGAACACUCCCAAGUAACAUAUGAGAAAACAGUCUGCCAUGCCAGCACGCUUCUGCUUUAUUGGGGUAGCUGGGUGGGUCAGAGUCAGACAACAGACUCCAGUUUGAAUGGCCUUGUUUGUGUUUUUCAUCAUCAUGAUUGGUUGUCUGUUGACAUUUCAGUUUCCAUCAAUGACGUUAUUUAUCACCAUGCGGUAACUCAUUAAACUGCUUUGAAAUAUCUAUUCAGCCUUUUGACACAUUAUACUACUCUUAUUGUAUUAUACUAAGCAAGGUUCUUAAAAACACAAAUGUCAUAAAACAACUGAAUAAUGUUGCUGGUACAAUGUAUGAACACAUUGAAAUGGGAUGCGCUUCAACAUCCACAGUCUUUUGCAGGUGUGUAUAUUUCUCCUUCUUGAUUCACAAUAUGUAACAUUCUAAAACAUUCUCCAUUGCAGAACCAUGAGCGUACAUGCCUUGUCUGCAGAGUCAUCGCCGGGGCGGACCAGCAUCAUCCUCCCAUCCUGCCCUGCAAAGAAAACCUGUCUGUCAAACUACAGGGCCAAUGGGUAAGCCAGCGGUGUGAGGUCCGUCCUGGGGUCCUCUUCCUCACCCGCCAUUUUGUUUUCCACAACCACAACAGCACUUGGGAGGGCCACUACUGGCAUUAUUCCGACCCAGUGUGCAGACACCCCACAUUCAGCCUGUACGCCCGGGGUCACUACAGCCACGCAGUCCUUUCCACCAGGGUCCUGGGAGGGACAGAGUUUGUCUUCACAGGUAGGCGUUAGUCAAAAUAACAAAUAUAUGAAUGAUCACAGCUUAUCAUGCCAUUAUUAGUGUGCAUAACAACCUCCCUGAUCCCCUCUUGGUCUUCAUAGUGGACCACAUGAGGGUGACCCCCAUGGACCAGGCCACCACCUCCCUGCUCAAUAUCUUCCGGGGCAACGAGUGCGGGGCCGAGGGCUCGUGGCGCCAGGGACUGGAGCAGGACGUCACCCCCACCCAUGGCUGUGCUGCCCUGGGCAUCCGGCUGCCGCACACAGAGUACGAACUCUUCCGCAUGGAUCGAGACUCAGCGGACCACCUCCUUCUCUUCAACGGCCAGAGGCCCACGGAUGGCUCCAGCCCUAACCAGCCCCAUAAGACGGCCACCUCCUACCAGGCUCCCCUGGUGCAGUGUGGAGGGGCCGGCCACGGGCCAACGGAUUGGGGGAGGGAAGCCGACCAGCUCCAUAGGCUGGGGAGUAGCUGCUGCAAACAGGGAGGAGGUGGUGGCGUGAUGGAUAUGGUCAAAGUACUGCUUAUUGCAGCUAUCCCCGUUCUGAAUCUCAGCUAGGGUUAGCUGUGGCUGAAUGUAGUGGAGCAGCACUGACUGUGCAUUGGACUUUGACUCUUUUAAAACAGCGUAUGUGAUUAAUGUUGAGUUGCUACAUUAUCAUUCGGCGUCGUGUUCAGUAGGCAUGAAACUGAAGAAAAUGCUCUGACAGGAAGGGAAACGGAGAUGUGCUGUACGUCAAUAAGAAAUGUUUGUUGUCUUACGGUGUGCCCUAAAGAACACGACCCAACAAGUCGUCUAUGGCCGUGAUUCAAUCUAAUCAUGCUUUGUCGACAAUGCCAUUUAAAAGUAAUUUCCGAUUGA